ACUCCGUCUUCCACCAAUUUUCUACCGCACCUUCUCGGGCCCCUUUCUCUCUAUCUAUCUCACUCACAUCCCUUCCUAUCCUUAUAUUUCUCUCUUUCUCCUACUCUCUAUAAUAUAAUGGCGAAUCAACUGCUCUCGACGGCUCCUCGCCGCGAGACCCUCCCGGAGAGCUACGUCCGGCCCGAAUCGCAGCGCCCGCGGCUCUCCGAAGUUGUGACGGACGCCGACAUCCCGGUGAUCGACCUCGGCUGCCCCGACAAGCCCCAAACCAUCUCCCGAAUCGCCCACGCCUGCAGAUCCUACGGCUUCUUCCAGGUGGUGAGUCACGGGAUAUCGCCCGAGUUGAUGCUGCAGGUUAUGGCCAUGGCGCUCGAGUUCUUCCGCCUGCCCGCGGAGGAGAAGGCGAAGCUCUACUCCGACGACCCCGCGAAGAAGAUGCGGCUCUCCACGAGCUUCAACGUGCGCAAGGAGACGGUCCACAAUUGGCGCGACUAUCUCCGCCUUCAUUGCUAUCCUCUCCAAGAGUUCGUCCCCGAUUGGCCCUCUAAUCCCCCCUUGUUCAAGGAAAUAAUGAGCACCUACUGUAGGGAGGUUCGUCGGUUAGGGUUUCGGCUCCUCGGAUUCAUAUCUUUGAGCCUAGGUUUAGAGGAGGACUAUAUUGAAAAGGUGUUGGGCGAGCAAGAACAACACAUGGCUGUGAACUACUACCCGGAGUGUCCCCAGCCGGAGCUCACUUACGGUUUACCGGCCCACACAGACCCGAAUGCGCUCACAAUCCUUCUGCAAGAUCAACAAGUGGCUGGUUUGCAGGUAUUGAAGGACGGAAAAUGGAUCGCGGUCAAUCCCCAGCCCAAUGCUCUGGUCAUCAAUUUGGGAGACCAACUACAGGCACUUAGCAACGGUCGAUACAAGAGCGUCUGGCACCGGGCGGUGGUCAAUUCGGUCCAUGAGCGGAUGUCCGUAGCAUCCUUUUUGUGCCCGUGCAACUGUGCACUCAUCCGCCCUGCAGAGAAUCUCACCGCUGACGGAUCCAACGCCAUAUACCGGAGCUACACAUACGACGAGUACUACAAGAAAUUCUGGAGCAGGAACUUGGAUCAGGAGCACUGUUUAGAGCUUUUCAGAAGCUGAAGGUUCAUUUGGAUUGACGCAAUUGCAAUUCGGCUGUAAGUCAUGUCUAGCGGGAUUAGAAGUAUUAAGUUCUGUUGUAGAUCACGACGAUACCAAAAAAGUAGACUUCAAUUCUUUUUCCAGUGAAGCUGUUUUUGAGGAAUUGAAUCAACCAGUAGACCAAAGAUAUCUUUUGUGUUGUUAGGUCAAGCGCAGGAAGUAAUAUAUCUAUUCUCACUUCAUAUGAUUUACGGCCAAAUUGCAAGCGCGCCGAUCCAAAUGCUCCAAACCCUCCCUAAGUUGCGCUCCUUCAUGUCGUCCACAUAAACAGCUUUUUGGGACGGCUCUGGUUGUCCACCAUGCAAAAAAGAAGGAAUUGGUGGCUUCUGGGGACUCGGGGGCCCUUCGUCCAUUUUUCAGUUUAGUGCAUCACUAUGCCGUUGGAAUGUUUCUUCAGGAUUAUUAUUGAUAAGUCAGUUUUAUUAACGUCACAAUUAGUGAGUGUCUUAGCUUUUCGAAGGCGUUGCCCAUACUAAUUAUCGGUACAAAAAGCUAAGUCACUGACUAAUAAUAAGAUGUGUAAAGUUGACCGAUCAAUAAUAUUUUAAAGUAUACUAUUAGGUAUGUGUACCACUUUUUUUUUUUUCUUUCUAAUUUUUUUAAGCAUGUUGCUUUUCCUUUUUGGAGCACUCAAAUUGCUCCGCAUCAGGGAGGAAAGAUUCGCCUCUUAGGUGUCCAAUGGAAACAAGUGGUGGUGUCGCAGUGAUGUCUCCGUUUGUAUUUAGCAGAAAGCGUUUGUAUUUAGUAGAAAGCAUUCUGGCACGGCUUCAGUGCUUGUACCAUUAAUGUAUACUAUCUUGUACGCAUGUUGUACUGCUUUAUUGAUGAUCUAAUGUUUUGGUCACUGGGGCAUUUAAA